AUGGCUUAUCAUACAAAGACGCUCCUCUGCUUCCUGGUACUAGUUGCCUGGACCGAAGCAUUCUGGAGGAUGUCAUGCGGCAUCAUCCAAACUUCAAGAAUUGACCCAAUUAUUGCGCCUGGAACGUUCUCAGCACACGUCCACAAGCUCUCUGGUGCUAGCACCAUCAAUGUCGACUCUACCUUCGAAAGUCUGCAGACUGCGAGAUGUACUUCAUGUGAGAUACAGGAUGAUAAAUCGGCUUACUGGACACCGCAGUUGUUCUACCAACAUGCCAAUGGCAGCUUUCAGAUGGUUCCAAAUGGUGGUACCGUUAUCUACUAUCUUGGUCGUGGUGAAAACAGAUCCAAGAUUGAGCCAUUCCCCCCAGGCUUCAAGAUGCUGACUGGAGACAACUUUGCUCGAUCUUACGACUCCAAGACAAUGACAUACAGUAACUCCAAGAACAAAGGUCGACCAGUGGCAGACAGAGUUACCUUCGCAUGCCUCGAUAGCUCGGGACCUUUCAAAGAGCGCAACUACAUGUGGCGAACGGACUGUAACAACGGCAUGAGAGCUCAAAUUCACUUCCAGUCGUGCUGGGAUGGCCGAGACUACCAACGCGAUCAGAGCCAUGUUACCUACAUGUCACAGAUAGACAAUGGCGUCUGUCCACCGAGCCACCCGCGCAAGCUCCCUCAACUUUUCUUCGAGGUCAUCUAUGGAGUCAACAACAUCGACAAGAGCAAAGGUGGACGAUUCGUUUUUGCCAAUGGCGACACUACAGGUUACGGAUUUCACGGCGACUUUUUGAAUGGAUGGAACCAGUCUGUGCUCAAGAGUGCUAUUAAGAACUGCCUCAACAAUGACAGUCUCAAUGGUGUCAUCGAGAAAUGUCCCGUUCUCGCCGCUUCACAAACUCCCUACUUCAGCGACAAUUGUCCCGAGAUGCCGCCUCUUGUUAACGAACCUAUUCGGGGAAUGCUUAACGCCCUACCAGGCUGCAACAAGCCUUCCAGCGGCCCUGAAAGAGCGACACCACCAGUCUGCGACCAGAGUCCGACCAUCAACGAUCUGGGAGACGCUGGACUUGGAACGUUGUUUGACCCUGCUCCGGGCGACAUGUUUGGUAACUGGUCCUAUGUUGGCUGCGCCCCUGAAGGUACGAAGCGAACACUGAACAAAUAUUCCACCAACUCCCGCAAUAUGACUAUUGAGUAUUGUACAUCAGCGUGUAAAGCCCAGGGUUAUCCUCUUGCCGGUAUGGAAUGGGGCCGCGAGUGCUACUGUGCUAGCGCGCUCACUUCAGGUGCAUCAUACAUGAAAGCCUCCACCUGCGCCUCUACAAGGAAGAUGACAUGCGCCGGAAACAUGACCCAAUAUUGUGGAGGACCUGACCUUCUCACCGUAUGGAAUGAUACCUCUUACACGCCACCAGUCGAGCUUGUUGUUGGACAAACCACGAUUGCCAAAGGAGCCGCUACUUACCAUGGCUGCUGGGCAGAAGGGAACGGUGGACGGGCGCUCUCAUCGGAUCGCACUGCCGACGCCGUAGGAAUGACGAAUGAGAAGUGUGUCGCAUUCUGUCAAGAGGGUGGUUAUAAAUACGCCGGCACCGAAUGGGCACAAGAAUGUUACUGUGGCAAUGAGUUCUCCAAUGGUGGCUCCAACACCUCCGACAUCUCCCAGUGCUCGAUGCAGUGCAAGGGCGAUGUUUUCAGCUACUGCGGCGCAGGCCAGAGGUUGAGUGUCUGGAAGCUCAAGCAAUCCGAUGAGCCCAAGGGACCAAUUGUUGCACUAGAUGGUGCUGCUCGCUAUGUGGGAUGCUAUACAGACGGAGGGUCAGGUGGCCGCACGUUGCCAAGUGCCUCGUUCACAGGGUCUUCCGUUUCACUCGAUACAUGUUUCGCAUUCUGUGAGAAGCUCAACUACCCACUCUUUGGCAUGGAGUACGGACGGGAAUGCUAUUGCGGCUACACGCCAAAGACCCAGGCUACUGUUGCUCCCGAUGGAGAGUGCAAAAUGCCCUGCGCUGGCGAUUCUACACAGAAAUGCGGCGCCGGUAAUCGCAUAUCCAUUUGGAACAACACUCUCUACACUCCAACCGUCAGCACAGUGGCACUGAACAGUCUACCUAAGUAUCUGGGCUGCUAUACAGAAGGCACUGACGGCCAAGCUCUUGGUGAUGCCAAGAUGACCGACAAGAAGAUGACCGUUGAGGCAUGUGCAGAAUUCUGCUCUGGCAAGGGCCUUCCCUACCUAGGAGUCCAGAACGGCCAGGACUGCUACUGUAGCAAGAAGGGACCGUCCAACGGUAGCGUCGAAGCGCCCAACUCACAAUGUGGCAUUUCUUGCAAGGGCAACAAGUCUCAGAAGUGUGGCGCAACCAAGAAGCUCAGCGUCUAUAAGCUUGCAACGGUUUCCAAGACCGGCUCUGCCAAAUCAACGACCAGCCCUGUGGAGGCAAAGGUCCAAGCCAAGAAGCCUACACCAAGUCCCACCAAGACGACAUUAGCCAAGGUGACCACGACUUCGAAGAAGUCCAAGUCAACUUCCAAGGUCAAAACUACGAGCUCUACCCUUAAAAGAGUUACAUCCACCAAGAAGGGUAAUCAGAAGCCGACGUCGACUAGUUCGACCGCCAAACCGAGAAAGACGUAG